AUGUCGGAUCGUCUUUAUGCUAAUAGAUGUGCUGUGACAAACGUCUUAGCAGAUCGUAAUACAACAAAUAUUUCAAUAGCAAAAAAGUUGGAAAUUACGGAAAGUGACUGGACAAAAAUGGAAACUUUGGUUAUCUUGUUAAAACCAUUGCAAAUUGUCACAACCGUGUUUUGUGCCGAAACACAUUCUCCUGUAUCAAUGGUUAGACCACUUCUUUCAAAAGUGAUUGAAAAACACUUACAACUAAAUAAAGAUGAUAAUGAAGUCGUUAUACAUUUCAAACAGACAGUAGUGUCGCAACUGAAAGAACGUUUUAAGCUUAACAAUUUAGAAAACAUAGUAUCUACAAGACAAGUCUCAUCAUUUUUUGACCCAAGUAAAAAAUUUACUGGUGAUGUUUCGACACAAUAUCAUUCUUACUUAGCAGAACCACAACUGAGGUACGAUUUUGAUCCAUUUGAAUGGUGGAAGUCACAUGAAAAAAAAUAUCCUUCAAUAGCCGAGUUAGCAAAUAAAUAUUUGUCGAUACCAGCAACAUCUCACCAGAAAAUGUUAAUGUUUUUGUAUCAAAAUCGUAAAUUAUUAUUAUAG